UCCACCAGCACUUCUACCUUCUCUUUACUCUCAUCCCUCUUGUGUGUUGCAGGUUUACCUCCACCCCAGAAAGAUGACUGUCUCCAGCCUGUGGUAUCCAGAAUGCGGGGUGGCCCGGCCUAGUCCAGUUACUGGCAGCUCCAACGAGCCGUGCGUUAGGCAGUGCCCUGACUCUGAAGUGGUGAUCAGACCCUCACCUGUUGUUGUGACCAUCCCCGGACCAAUUCUCAGCAAUUUCCCUCAGCAGAGUGAAGUAGCAGCCGUAGGAGCACCUGUGGUGGGAGCCGGUUUGGGGGGCUCAUUUGGUUGGGGGGGAUUGCGUGGCCAUGGAGGCCUUUACGGAGGGUUGUAUGGUUUAGGGAGGUUAGGUGGUUAUAGUGACCAUUAUGGUUAUGGGGGAUUAUUGGGCCAUGGGGGAUACUGUGGUUACCCAGGUCUUUACGGUUAUGGGGGAUUAUUGGGUUAUGGGGGACACUGCGGUUACCCGGGCCUUUAUGGUUCCGGGGGAUUAUGGGGGUAUGGGGGAUAUGGCCGUAGGUCUCUUGGUGGAUAUUGUGGGCCAUGUUAA